UUUAUGCAGUCAUACACUGUACUAGUACCUCAUAAUGAAGUACUCCUUGUACUCUCAGGAUUCCUCCGAAUCGUUCCACGCUGCCACCAGCCCGAGCCGAGGAGACAUGACUUCUAGGAGAGGCGAUAUGACCUCCAGUCCCGGACGAGACCUGCCCCCCUUUGAGGACGAGUCUGAGGGUCUUCUGGGGGACGGACCCGUCCUCGACGAGGAGGAGGACAGGGACGGAGAGGAGCUGAUCGGAGACGGGAUGGAGAGGGAUUACCGAGCCAUCCCGGCUCUGGACCAGUACGAGGCUGAAGGUCUGGACCUGGAGGACGACGAUCUGUCGGAGCUGUCGCCCGGAGCUCGGGCCGCCGCCGAGGAGGCCAUGAGGAGGAGGGACCGGGAGCAAGGCGGGAGGCUGAGGAGAGGACUGCUCUACGACAGCGAAGACGAGGACGACGAGCGGCCGGCGGCUCGGAGGAGGCGAUUGGCUGAGCGAGCGGCAGAGGGCGUGGCCGACGAAGAGGAGAUGAUCGAGAGCAUCGAGAACCUGGAGGAUAUGAAGGGUCACACGGUGAGGGAGUGGGUCUCCAUGGCCGCUCCUCGGCUGGAGAUCUACAACCGCUUCAAGAACUUUCUGAGGACUCACGUGGACGAAAACGGCCACAACGUGUUCAAGGAGAAGAUCAGUGAUAUGUGCAAAGAGAACAAGGAGAGUCUGGUGGUGAACUACGAGGACCUGGCAGCCAGAGAGCAUGUUCUGGCCUACUUCCUGCCUGAGGCUCCCACGGAGAUGUUGAAGGUCUUCGAUGAAGCCGCUAAAGAGGUGGUUCUGGCCAUGUACCCCAAAUACGACCGCAUCGCCCACGAGAUCCACGUCCGCAUCUGCAACCUGCCAUUAGUGGAGGAGAUCCGCUCCCUCAGGCAGCUGCACCUGAACCAGCUGAUCCGGACCAGCGGCGUGGUGAGCAGCUGCACCGGCGUCCUGCCUCAGCUCGGCAUGGUCAAGUACAACUGUAACAAGUGCAACUUUGUGCUGGGACCCUUCUUCCAGUCCCAGAACCAGGAGGUGAAGCCGGGCUCCUGUCCCGAGUGUCAGUCCCUGGGCCCCUUUGAGAUCAACAUGGAGGAGACCGUGUACCAGAACUACCAGAGGAUCACCAUCCAGGAGAGCCCCGGUAAAGUCGCCGCCGGCCGCCUCCCCCGCUCCAAAGACUCCAUCCUGCUGGCCGACCUGGUGGACCACUGCAAGCCCGGAGACGAGAUCGAGCUGACGGGCAUCUACCACAACAACUACGACGGCUCUCUGAACAUGGCCAACGGCUUCCCCGUGUUCGCCACCGUGAUCUUAGCCAAUCACAUCACCCGCAGAGAUCAGGGCGUCGCCGUGGCCGAGCUGACCGACGAGGAUGUGAAGGCCAUCGUCGCCCUCUCCAAAGACGAGCGCAUCGGGGAGCGGGUGAGGAGGUCUAGGUCCUAAAACACGUUCAGAUCCAAAGCUUC